CUGCCCUGCCCUACACCCAACCAUUCUCCAUAGCCCGGAGUAACAGCCACAUAGCCCUGAAGAACAGCAGUUCAAACGUGAGAGGGAGAGAGUUACAAAACACAAAAGUAUAAAGAGGCGUCUGUGCCUUGUACAAAGAGAGAGAGAGAGAACUAAAGACAACAAACUUUUAGACAACGACAUUCAAACAAGAACUAACUUUUCGGGCUGUGGUGAAGACGUGUGAAGUGUCAGUGAUGCUCAGGCAAUGGUGUUAAAAGGUCUGGCUGCAGAAACUGUUUCAAGAGGAUAAAGGAAGAGAGAACACUGUGAGCCUUUGCUGGUGCUUGAGUAAUCAUAAGGGAAGAGACACAAGGCUGUCACACUUUACACCUGGGGACUACAGAAGAACAGAAGACAAAGAGGGAUGGCUGAAGAGGAGGACACCAGGGAGGUGCUCUUCCCACAGUGGAUGGGUGCUAAUAAAAGUGGGUUGACAAUUGAAAAAUCGGGUGAGGGAGAGAUCUUUGUGAAAGAGGUGAAGGAUGAGUCCCCUGCUGCACACACAGGGCGAGUUCACAAAGGUGACCAGAUUGUGGGAGCAACCAUCUACUUCGACAAUAUGAGCUCAGAAGAAACAGAAGACUUACUGAAGACACUAAAUCGACAUAAAGUUGGGCUCAAACUACAGAACAAAGACAAGUCCCCCUGCCGCUCUCCCAUGGGCACACUGUCAUGGGAAGGCAAGACAAGAUUUGGAGGAUCGAGUCCUGACAUUAUCCUUAGUGGAGAUGAUGAGGAUUACAAACGAAUCUACAGCAAGAAGAUAAAACCCAGACUGAAAUCAGAGGACCUUGCUGAGGGUGUUGACGUGCGUACAGAACGUCACAGCAGCACAAGCAGUGAUGGAAGCACAAUUACCACCAUCACCCGACGAAUUACGACCUACACGUUGGACAUGCCAGAGGGCCCUGGACUGCAACCGUAUGAAAUAGGUAGUCCAGAAUUCAAGACUCAGGUCCCACGGCAUGAACAGUCAGGAGAGGGUUCUCCACAACUUAAACUGUCUCACGGCAGCAUGAUAAACAGAGGGGGUACAGAGGAGGCUGUCUUUGAUGUAGGUGAUGUAUCUAUCACAGGUCCACAUGUCAGUGGUUCUUCUGAAAAACACUGGAGUUUGGGACAUGUGAAAACAGGAACUGUUACGAGAGAUAUCGAGCAGAGUGAAAAAGAGCUCAGAUUUAAAAUGCCCGCCACUGGACUUUCAGGGGACAAGGUGCAGACUGAAUUUGGGGGGAUGCAACAUCAACAUAGCAGCAUUCAGUUUCCUAGCAGUAAUGUUACAGUUACUGAUAAGUUUAGUAUCAGUGGACCUGGUAGAAGCAGUCAAGGUUUCUCAGGUAGAAUAGGUGUUGGUUUGGAGAAAGUAGACAAUGGCAAAGGAAGUAAUGGUCCUGAUGUUACAAUCAGCGACCAGCAGUUGAGGGGAGCAGGCCAAGGGAUUAAUAUCAGUGACCAGCAGCUGAGGGGAGCAGGCCAAGGGAUUAAUAUCAACGUGAAUGCUCCUGGUGCCAGGAUCUCUGGUACAAGUGCUGAUAUCUCUGUAGCAGCAGGAAAAGAUGGCACAAUCAAAACAUCAGAAGUUUCAGGUCCCAGCUUACAGGCUCAUGCUACUGACAUCAGUUUCACAGGGCCAAAGGUGAAGGGUAAUUCCAAUGUGUCUAUUUCAGGCAUUAAAAGUGGAAUCACAGUGCCUAGCACAGACAUUACUGGUCCAGCAGUUACGAUGCAGAGUUCAGAGGAUUCAGUUAAGAUGCCCUCAUUUGACAUGAAACCAAAGGAUGUCUCUAUGCCUAGGUUUGAUGUACAUUUGAAAGGACCAAAAGUCACAGGUGAUUUAGACACAUCAGUUCCAAAUGUUACGGGAGACAUAAAAGGGCCGAAGCUUAAUGUUGAAGGUUCUGGUGUUGACAUUGAUGGGUCAGAAAUGGGAUUUAAGUUACCAAAAUUUAAAAUGCCAUCAUUUGGUCUCAAAAGCUCAAACCUAGAGGAUGGAAAAGAGGGAGUACACAUUCAAAAGCCUGAUGUUACUGGUGGCCGACCUGAUGUUAAUGUAAACUUAACAGGGCCUAAAGUGAAGGGAGAUGUUGAUAUAUCAGUCCCUAAGAUAGAGGGUGAAGUAGAUAUUAAGGGUCCUGCUGGAAAGAUCAAAGGGCCCAAAUUUAACAUGCCCACAGUUUCUGGACCAAAGACUGGAGUUCCAGAUGUAAAUAUCAACCUCAAGGGACCCAAACUCAAAGGAGAUGUUGAUGUUUCACUUCCAAAACUCAAAGGGGACAUGGCAUCCCCACAGAUAGAGAUGGAAAGACCUGAGGUAAAUGUCGAAGGCCCUGAAUAUGGAUUCAAAAUGCCCAAAGUCAAAAUACCUUCAUUUGGUAUCAAGGGCACGAAUGUGGAGGGCCCAGAAGCUAACAUUGAUGUGAAAGCACCAAAAAUUGACAUUACAACCCCAGAUGUUGAAGUCAGAGGUCCAGAGGGAAGAAUCAAAGGGCCUGCAUUUAAAAUGCCUUCUGUUUCUGGCCCUAAAAUCUCUAUGCCUGACGUCGACUUUAAUCUGAAAGGACCUAAAUUGAAGGGAGAUGUGGAUGUGUCACUACCAAAAGUUGAAGGUGAUAUCAAAACCCCAAAGGUCGACAUUGAGGGCCCUGAAGUUAACAUUGAAGGGCCUGAGGGUGGAUUCAAGAUGCCCAAAAUCAAGAUGCCUUCAUUUGGCAUCAAGGGACCUCAUGUGGAGGAACCUGGGGUAAAUGUUAACAUACCAAAAGCUGGCAUUGAUGUUAAGGGGCCGGCCAUUGACAUAAAAAGUCCAGAUCUUAAUAUUGAGGGUCCAGGAGGAAAGAUAAAAGGGUCUAAAUUCAAAAUGCCAUCAAUUUCCGGACCAAAGAUCUCAAUGCCUGAUAUUGACUUAAACAUGAAAGGACCAAAAGUAAAGGGAGAUGUGGACGUGUCACUACCAAAAGUUGAAGGUGAUAUCAAAGGCCCAGCGGUUGAUUUUGAAGGCUCAGAAGGUGGAUUCAAGAUGCCAAAAAUGAAAAUGCCUUCAUUUGGAUUGAAGGGGCACAAACUGGAGGGCCCUGAAGUGGAUGUUAAACUGAUGAAAGCAGACAUUGAUGUGAAGGCACCGGAAAUUGACAUUAAAACCCCAGAUCUUGAGGUGGAGGGUCCAGAAGGAAAGAUCAAAGGGUCUAAAUUCAAAAUGCCAUCCAUUUCUGGACCAAAGAUCUCAAUGCCUGAUGUUGACUUCAACCUGAAAGGACCUAAAAUGAAGGGAGAUGUGGAUGUGUCACUACCAAAAGUCGAAGGUGAUAUCAAAGCACCGAAGGUAGACAUUGAAGGCCCAGAGUUUGAUAUUGAAGGCUCAGAAGGUGGAUUCAAGAUGCCAAAGAUGAAAAUGCCUUCGUUUGGAUUCAAGGGACCCAAACUGGAGGGCCCUGAAGUUGACGUGAAAAUGCCAAGAGCUGAUUUUGACCUUAAAGCACCGAAAGUUGAUGUUGAAUGUCCAGAUCUUGAAAUUGAGGGUCCAGAGGGAAAGAUCAAGGGCCCUAAAUUCAAAAUGCCAUCCAUUUCUGGGCCAAAGAUAUCAAUGCCUGAUGUUGACCUCAACUUAAAAGGACCGAAAGUGAAGGGUGAUAUGGAUGUUUCAGUUCCAAAAGUUGAAGGUGAUAUCAAAGCUCCAAAGAUUGACAUUCAAGGCCCAGAUCUUGAUAUUGAGGGACCUGAAGGAGGAUUUAAGAUGCCAAAGAUCAAAAUGCCUUCAUUUGGAAUGAAAGGUCCCAAAGUGGAGGGUCCUGAAGUCGAUUUGGUACUUCCGAAAGCUGACAUUGAUGUGAAAGCACCAGGAAUAGAUGUUGAAUGUCCAGAUCUUGAAAUCGAGGGUCCAGAAGGAAAGAUCAAGGGCCCUAAAUUUAAAAUGCCAUCCAUGUCUGGCCCAAAGAUCUCAAUGCCUGAUGUUGACUUCAACCUGAAAGGACCUAAAAUGAAGGGAGGUGUGGAUAUGUCACUACCAAAAGUCGAAGGUGAUAUCAAAGCACCGAAGGUAGACAUUGAAGGCCCAGAGGUUGAUUUUGAAGGCCCAGAUGGUGGAUUCAAGAUGCCUAAAAUCAAAAUGCCUUCAUUUGGGUUCAAGGGUCCCAAAAUGGAAGGACCUGACAUUGAUGUAAAAAUGCCAAAAGCUGAUUUUGAUCUUAAAGCACCGAAAGUUGACGUUGAAUGUCCAGAUCUUGACAUUGAGUGUCCAGAGGGAAAGAUCAAGGGCUCUAAAUUCAAAAUGCCAUCCAUUUCUGGCCCUAAGAUCUCAAUGCCUGAUGUUGACUUCAACCUGAAAGGCCCUAAAAUGAAGGGAGAUGUGGAUGUGUCACUACCAAAAGUCGAAGGUGAUAUCAAAGCACCGAAGGUAGACAUUGAAGGCCCAGAGUUUGAUAUUGAAGGCCCAGAAGGUGGAUUCAAGAUGCCAAAGAUGAAAAUGCCUUCAUUUGGAUUCAAGGGACCCAAACUGGAGGGCCCUGAAGUUGAUGUGAAAAUGCCGAAAGCUGACUUUGAUCUUAAAGGACCGAAGGUUGAUGUUGAAUGUCCAGAUCUUGAAAUCGAGGGUCCAGAAGGAAAGAUCAAGGGCUCUAAAUUCAAAAUGCCAUCCAUUUCUGGGCCAAAGAUAUCAAUGCCUGAUGUUGACUUCAACCUGAAAGGACCUAAAAUGAAGGGAGAUGUGGAUGUGUCACUACCAAAAGUCGAAGGUGAUAUCAAAGCACCGAAGGUAGACAUUGAAGGCCCAGAGUUUGAUAUUGAGGGACCUGAAGGUGGAUUCAAGAUGCCAAAGAUGAAAAUGCCUUCAUUUGGGUUCAAGGGUCCCAAAAUGGAAGGACCUGACAUUGAUGUAAAAAUGCCAAAAGCUGAUUUUGAUCUUAAAGCACCGAAAGUUGACGUUGAAUGUCCAGAUCUUGACAUUGAGUGUCCAGAGGGAAAGAUCAAGGGCUCUAAAUUCAAAAUGCCAUCAAUUUCUGGGCCAAAGAUAUCAAUGCCUGAUGUUGACUUCAACCUGAAAGGACCUAAAAUGAAGGGAGAUGUGGAUGUGUCACUACCAAAAGUCGAAGGUGAUAUCAAAGCACCGAAGGUAGACAUUGAAGGCCCAGAGUUUGAUAUUGAAGGUCCAGAAGGUGGAUUCAAGAUGCCAAAGAUGAAAAUGCCUUCAUUUGGAUUCAAGGGACCCAAACUGGAGGGCCCUGAAGUUGAUGUGAAAAUGCCAAAAGCUGACUUUGAUCUUAAAGGACCGAAGGUAGAUGUUGAAUGUCCAGAUCUUGACAUUGAGGGUCCAGAGGGAAAGAUCAAGGGCUCUAAAUUCAAAAUGCCAUCCAUUUCUGGCCCUAAGAUCUCAAUGCCUGAUGUUGACUUCAACCUGAAAGGACCUAAAAUGAAGGGAGGUGUGGAUGUGUCACUACCAAAAGUCGAAGGUGAUAUCAAAGCACCAAAGGUAGACAUUGAAGGCCCAGAGGUUGAUAUUGAAGGCCCAGAUGGUGGAUUCAAGAUGCCUAAAAUCAAAAUGCCUUCAUUUGGAUUCAAGAGUCCCAAACUGGAGGGCCCUGAUGUUGACGUGAAAAUGCCAAAAGCUGAUUUUGAUCUUAAAGCACCGAAAGUUGAUGUUGAAUGUCCAGAUCUUGAAAUCGAGGGUCCAGAAGGAAAGAUCAAGGGCCCUAAAUUUAAAAUGCCAUCCAUGUCUGGGCCAAAGAUAUCAAUGCCUGAUGUUGACUUCAACCUGAAAGGACCUAAAAUGAAGGGAGGUGUGGAUAUGUCACUACCAAAAGUCGAAGGUGAUAUCAAAGCACCGAAGGUAGAUAUUGAAGGCCCAGAGGUUGAUUUUGAAGGUCCAGAUGGUGGAUUCAAGAUGCCUAAAAUCAAAAUGCCUUCAUUUGGGUUCAAGGGUCCCAAAAUGGAAGGACCUGACAUUGAUGUAAAAAUGCCAAAAGCUGAUUUUGAUCUUAAAGCACCGAAAGUUGACGUUGAAUGUCCAGAUCUUGACAUUGAGUGUCCAGAGGGAAAGAUCAAGGGCUCUAAAUUCAAAAUGCCAUCCAUUUCUGGCCCUAAGAUCUCAAUGCCUGAUGUUGACUUCAACCUGAAAGGACCUAAAAUGAAGGGAGAUGUGGAUGUGUCACUACCAAAAGUCGAAUGUGAUAUCAAAGCACCAAAGGUAGACAUUGAAGGCCCAGAAGUUGAUAUUGAAGGCCCAGAAGGUGGAUUCAAGAUGCCUAAAAUCAAAAUGCCUUCAUUUGGAUUCAAGGGACCCAAACUGGAGGGCCCUGAAGUUGACGUGAAAAUGCCAAAAGCUGAUUUUGAUCUUAAAGGACCGAAAGUUGAUGUUGAAUGUCCAAAUCUUGAAAUCGAGGGUCCAGAAGGAAAGAUCAAGGGCUCUAAAUUCAAAAUGCCAUCCAUUUCUGGGCCAAAGAUAUCAAUGCCUGAUGUUGACUUCAACCUGAAAGGACCUAAAAUGAAGGGAGAUGUGGAUGUGUCACUACCAAAAGUUGAAGGUGAUAUCAAAGCACCGAAGGUAGACAUUGAAGGCCCAGAUAUUGAUAUUGAAGGCCCAGAAGGUGGAUUCAAGAUGCCAAAGAUGAAAAUGCCUUCAUUUGGAUUCAAGGGACCCAAACUGGAGGGCCCUGAAGUUGAUGUGAAAAUGCCGAAAGCUGACUUUGAUCUUAAAGGACCGAAGGUUGAUGUUGAAUGUCCAGCUCUUGAAAUUGAGGGUCCAGAAGGAAAGAUCAAGGGCUCUAAAUUCAAAAUGCCAUCCAUUUCUGGGCCAAAGAUAUCAAUGCCUGAUGUUGACUUCAACCUGAAAGGACCUAAAAUGAAGGGAGAUGUGGAUGUGUCACUACCAAAAGUCGAAGGUGAUAUCAAAGCACCGAAGGUAGACAUUGAAGGCCCAGAUAUUGAUAUUGAAGGCCCAGAAGGUGGAUUCAAGAUGCCAAAGAUGAAAAUGCCUUCAUUUGGAUUCAAGGGACCCAAACUGGAGGGCCCUGAAGUUGAUGUGAAAAUGCCGAAAGCUGACUUUGAUCUUAAAGGACCGAAGGUUGAUGUUGAAUGUCCAGAUCUUGAAAUUGAGGGUCCAGAAGGAAAGAUCAAGGGCUCUAAAUUCAAAAUGCCAUCCAUUUCUGGGCCAAAGAUAUCAAUGCCUGAUGUUGACUUCAACCUGAAAGGACCUAAAAUGAAGGGAGAUGUGGAUAUGUCACUACCAAAAGUUGAAGGUGAUAUCAAAGCACCGAAGAUAGACAUUGAAGGGCCGGAGGUCGAUAUUGAAGGCCCAGAAGGUGGAUUUAAGAUGCCAAAGUUCAAAAUGCCUUCAUUUGGAUUCAAGGGGCCGAAAGUGGAGGGACCUGAUGUUGAUGUAACUCUCCCUAAAGCUGACAUUGAUAUAAAAGCACCAGAGAUUGAUAUUGAGGGCCCAGAGGGAAAGAUCAAGGGGCAUAAAUUCAAAAUGCCAACAAUAUCAGGUCCAUCUGUCUCAAUGCCUGAUGUUGACUUCAACUUAAAAGGACCAAAACUAAAGGGUGAUGUGGAUGUCUCUGUUCCAAAGUUUGAGGGUGAUAUCAAGACACCAAAAGUCGACAUUGAAGGCCCAGAUGUUGAAAUUGAGGGGCCUGGUGGAGGAUUUAAGAUGCCAAAGAUGAAAAUGCCUUCAUUUGGAUUCAAGGGUCCCAAAAUGGAAGGACCUGACAUUGAUGUGAAAAUGCCAAAAGCUGAUAUUGAUCUCAAAGGACCGAAAGUUGAUGUUGAAUGUCCAGAUCUUGAAAUCGAGGGUCCAGAGGGAAAGAUCAAGGGCCCUAAAUUCAAAAUGCCAUCCAUUUCUGGACCAAAGAUAUCAAUGCCUGAUGUUGACUUCAACCUGAAAGGACCUAAAAUGAAGGGAGAUGUGGAUAUGUCACUACCAAAAGUUGAAGGUGAUAUCAAAGCACCGAAGAUAGACAUUGAAGGCCCGGAGGUCGAUAUUGAAGGCCCAGAAGGUGGAUUUAAGAUGCCAAAGUUCAAAAUGCCGUCAUUUGGAUUCAAGGGGCCCAAGGUGGAGGGACCUGAUGUUGAUGUAACUCUCCCUAAAGCGGACAUUGAUAUAAAAGCACCAGAGAUUGAUAUUGAGGGCCCAGAAGGAAAGAUCAAGGGACCAAAAUUCAAAAUGCCAACAAUAUCAGGUCCAUCUCUCUCAAUGCCUGAUGUUGACUUCAACUUAAAAGGACCGAAACUAAAGGGUGAUAUGGAUAUCUCUGUUCCAAAGGUUGAGGGUGAUAUCAAGACACCAAAAGUCGACAUUGAAGGCCCAGAUGUUGAAAUUGAGGGACCUGGUGGAGGAUUUAAAAUGCCAAAGAUGAAAAUGCCUUCAUUUGGAUUCAAGGGUCCCAAAAUGGAAGGACCUGACAUUGAUGUGAAAAUGCCAAAAGCUGAUUUGGAUCUUAAAGGACCGAAAGUUGAUGUUGAAUGUCCAGAUCUUGACAUUGAGGGUCCGGACGGAAAGAUCAAGGGCCCUAAAUUCAAAAUGCCAUCCAUUUCUGGGCCAAAGAUAUCAAUGCCUGAUGUUGACUUCAACCUGAAAGGACCUAAAAUGAAGGGAGGUGUGGAUAUGUCACUACCAAAAUUCGAAGGUGAUAUCAAAGCACCAAAGGUUGACAUUGAAGGCCCAGAGGUUGAUUUUGAGGGACCUGAAGGAGGAUUUAAAAUGCCAAAGAUGAAAAUGCCUUCAUUUGGAUUCAAGGGUCCCAAAAUGGAAGGACCUGACAUUGAUGUGAAAAUGCCAAAAGCUGAUUUUGAUCUUAAAGCACCAAAAGUUGACAUUGAAUGUCCAGAUCUUGACAUUGAGGGUCCAGAGGGAAAGAUCAAGGGCUCUAAAUUCAAAAUGCCAUCCAUUUCUGGCCCUAAGAUCUCAAUGCCUGAUGUUGACUUCAACCUGAAAGGACCUAAAAUGAAGGGAGAUGUGGAUAUGUCACUACCAAAAAUGGAGGGUGACAUCAAAGCUCCAAAGCUUGACCUUGAAGGCCCAGAUCUUGAUAUUGAGGGACCUGAAGGAGGAUUUAAGAUGCCAAAGAUGAAAAUGCCUUCAUUUGGAUUCAAGGGUCCCAAAAUGGAAGGACCUGACAUUGAUGUGAAAAUGCCAAAAGCUGAUUUUGAUCUCAAAGGACCGAAAGUUGAUGUUGAAUGUCCAGAUCUUGACAUUGAGGGUCCAGACGGAAAGAUCAAGGGCCCUAAAUUCAAAAUGCCAUCCAUUUCUGGGCCAAAGAUAUCAAUGCCUGAUGUUGACUUCAACCUGAAAGGACCUAAGAUGAAGGGAGAUGUGGAUAUGUCACUACCAAAAAUGGAGGGUGACAUCAAAGCUCCAAAGCUUGACCUUGAAGGCCCAGAUCUUGAUAUUGAGGGACCUGAGGAGGUUAAAAUGCCAAAGAUGAAAAUGCCUUCAUUUGGAUUCAAGGGUCCCAAAUUGGAAGGACCUGACAUUGAUGUGAAAAUGCCAAAAGCUGAUUUUGAUCUUAAAGGACCGAAAGUUGAUGUUGAAUGUCCAGAUCUUGACAUUGAUGGUCCAGACGGAAAGAUCAAGGGCCCUAAAUUCAAAAUGCCAUCCAUUUCUGGGCCAAAGAUCUCAAUGCCGGAUGUCGACUUCAAUCUGAAAGGACCUAAACUCAAGGGAGAUAUGGAUGUAUCAUUACCAAAAGUUGAAGGUGAUAUCAAAGCACCAAAGAUUGAUAUUGAAGGCCCCGAAGUUGACAUUGCCGGUCCUGAUGGUGGAUUUAAAAUGCCCAAAAUGAAAAUGCCAUCAAUGUCUGGUCCCAAGAUCUCUUUUCCUGAUGUUGACUUUAACCUUAAAAGUCCCAAGAUAAAGGGUGAUGUUGAUGUAUCAACUCCAAAGUUUGAAGCUGACAUCAAAGGACCAAAACUUGACAUUGAAGCACCAGAUGUUGAAAUCAGUGGACCUGAGAGCGGAGUGAAAAAGGGGAAAUUCAAAAUGCCUAAGUUUGGAUUUAAAGGGCCAAAGAUCGAAGGUCCUGAUAUUGAUUUCAAGACUCCAAAGGCUGAGAUUGAUAUCAAAGGUCCAAAGGGCAGUCUCCAUGCACCAGAAGUUGAUGUCACGGCACCAGGUGUGAAAGUAAAAGGAUCAAAGUUUAAAAUGCCAUCCUUGUCUGGUCCAAAGAUGUCAUUACCAGAUGUUGACCUGAAUAUAAAGAGUCCUAAAAUCAAAGGUCAUUCAGAUUUCACAGUUGAAGGCGACAUGAAGGGAGCAAAAUUGGACGUUGGUACACCUGAUGUGGAAGCUAGAAGUCCAGAGGGAGGAUUUAGGAUGCCGAGGUUUAAAAUGCCCAAAUUUGGUUUCAAGUCACCUAAGGUUGAGGGCCCAGAUGCCAGUAUCAAUUUUCCCAAAGCAGAUAUCGAUGUUGGAUCUGUAGACUUCAACUUAAAAGGACCAAAAAUGAAGGGAGAUGUGGAUAUGUCACUACCAAAAGUCCAAGGUGAAAUCAAAGCUCCAAAGGUUGACAUUGAAGGCCCAGAUCUUGAUAUUGAAGGGCCUGAAGGAGGAUUUAAGAUGCCAAAGAUCAAAAUGCCGUCAUUUGGAUUCAAGGGGCCCAAAGUGGAGGGACCUGAUGUUGAUGUAACUCUCCCUAAAGCGGACAUUGAUAUAAAAGCACCAGAGAUUGAUAUUGAGGGCCCAGAAGGAAAGAUCAAGGGGCAUAAAUUCAAAAUGCCAACAAUAUCAGGUCCAUCUCUCUCAAUGCCUGAUGUUGACUUCAACUUAAGAGGACCGAAACUAAAGGGUGAUAUGGACAUCUCUGCUCCAAAGUUUGAGGGUGAUCUCAAGACACCAAAAGUCAACAUUGAGGGCCCAGAUGUUGACAUUGAGGGACCUGAAGGAGGAUUUAAGAUGCCAAAGAUGAAAAUGCCUUCAUUUGGAUUCAAGGGUCCCAAAAUGGAAGGACCUGACAUUGAUGUGAAAAUGCCAAAAGCUGAUUUUGAUCUGAAAGCACCAGAAGUUGACUUUGAAAGUCCAGACCUUGAUAUUGAGGGUCCAGAGGGAAAGAUCAAGGGCCCUAAAUUCAAAAUGCCAACGAUAUCAGGUCCAAAGAUCUCAAUGCCUGAUGUUGACUUCAACCUGAAAGGACCGAAAUUAAAGGGUGAUUUGGAUGUUUCAGUUCCAAAACUUGAAGGUAACAUGAAAGCUCCAAAGAUUGACAUUGAAGGCCCAGAUAUUGAUAUUGAGGGACCUGAAGGAGGAUUUAAGAUGCCAAAGAUGAAAAUGCCUUCAUUUGGGUUCAAGGGUCCCAAAAUGGAAGGACCUGACAUUGAUGUGAAAAUGCCGAAAGCUGAUAUUGAUUUUAAAGCACCAGAAGUUGACUUUGACAGUCCAGAUCUUGAAAUUGAGGGUCCAGACGGAAAGAUCAAGGGGCAUAAAUUCAAAAUGCCAACGAUAUCAGGUCCAAAGAUCUCAAUGCCUGAUGUUGACUUCAACCUGAAAGGACCGAAAUUAAAGGGUGAUUUGGAUGUUUCAGUUCCAAAACUUGAAGGUGACAUGAAAACUCCAAGGCUUGACCUUGAAGGCCCAGAUGUUGAUAUUGAGGGACCUGAAGGAGGAUUUAAGAUGCCAAAGUUCAAAAUGCCGUCAUUUGGGUUCAAGGGGCCCAAAGUGGAGGGACCUGAUGUUGAUGUAACUCUCCCUAAAGCGGACAUUGAUAUAAAAGCACCAGAGAUUGAUAUUGAAGGCCCAGAAGGAAAGAUCAAGGGACCAAAAUUCAAAAUGCCAACAAUAUCAGGUCCAUCUCUCUCAAUGCCUGAUGUUGACUUCAACUUAAGAGGACCGAAACUAAAGGGUGAUAUGGACAUCUCUGCUCCAAAGUUUGAGGGUGAUCUCAAGACACCAAAAGUCAACAUUGAGGGCCCAGAUGUUGAUAUUGAGGGACCUGAAGGAGGAUUUAAGAUGCCAAAGAUGAAAAUGCCUUCAUUUGGGUUCAAGGGUCCCAAAAUGGAAGGACCUGACAUUGAUGUGAAAAUGCCAAAAGCUGAUUUUGAUCUUAAAGGACCGAAAGUUGAUGUUGAAUGUCCAGAUCUUGACAUUGAGGGUCCAGACGGAAAGAUCAAGGGGCCUAAAUUCAAAAUGCCAUCCAUUUCUGGGCCAAAGAUAUCCAUGCCAAAUGUAGACUUCAACCUGAAAGGACCUAAAAUGAAGGGAGAUGUGGAUAUGUCACUACCAAAAAUGGAGGGUGAAAUCAAAGCUCCAAAGGUUGACAUUGAAGGCCCAGAUCUUGAUAUUGAGGGACCUGAAGGAGGAUUUAAGAUGCCAAAGAUGAAAAUGCCGUCAUUUGGGUUCAAGGGGCCCAAAGUGGAGGGACCUGACAUUGAUGUGAAAAUGCCAAAAGCUGAUAUUGAUCUGAAAGCACCAGAAGUUGACUUUGAAAGUCCAGACCUUGAUAUUGAGGGUCCAGAGGGAAAGAUCAAGGGCCCUAAAUUCAAAAUGCCAACGAUAUCAGGUCCAAAGAUCUCAAUGCCUGAUGUUGACUUCAACCUGAAAGGACCGAAAUUAAAGGGUGAUUUGGAUGUUUCAGUUCCAAAACUUGAAGGUAACAUGAAAGCUCCAAAGAUUGACAUUGAAGGCCCAGAUCUUGAUAUUGAGGGACCUGAAGGAGGAUUUAAGAUGCCAAAGUUCAAAAUGCCUUCAUUUGGAUUCAAGGGGCCCAAAGUGGAGGGACCUGAUGUUGAUGUAACUCUCCCAAAAGCGGACAUUGAUAUAAAAGCACCAGAGAUUGAUAUUGAAGGCCCAGAAGGAAAGAUCAAGGGGCCUAAAUUCAAAAUGCCAACAAUAUCAGGUCCAUCUCUCUCAAUGCCUGAUGUUGACUUCAACUUAAGAGGACCGAAACUAAAGGGUGAUAUGGACAUCUCUGUUCCAAAGGUUGAGGGUGAUAUCAAGACACCAAAAGUCGACAUUGAAGGCCCAGAUCUUGAUAUUGAGGGACCUGAAGGAGGAUUUAAGAUGCCAAAGAUGAAAAUGCCUUCAUUUGGGUUCAAGGGUCCCAAAAUGGAAGGACCUGACAUUGAUGUGAAAAUGCCAAAAGCUGAUUUUGAUCUUAAAGGACCGAAAGUUGAUGUUGAAUGUCCAGAUCUUGACAUUGAGGGUCCAGACGGAAAGAUCAAGGGGCCUAAAUUCAAAAUGCCAUCCAUUUCUGGGCCAAAGAUAUCCAUGCCAAAUGUAGACUUCAACCUGAAAGGACCUAAAAUGAAGGGAGAUGUGGAUAUGUCACUACCAAAAAUGGAGGGUGAAAUCAAAGCUCCAAGGAUUGACAUUGAAGGCCCAGAUCUUGAUAUUGAGGGACCUGAAGGAGGAUUUAAGAUGCCAAAGAUGAAAAUGCCGUCAUUUGGGUUCAAGGGGCCCAAGGUGGAGGGACCUGAUGUUGAUGUAACUCUCCCUAAAGCGGACAUUGAUAUAAAAGCACCAGAGAUUGAUAUUGAGGGCCCAGAAGGAAAGAUCAAGGGACCAAAAUUCAAAAUGCCAACAAUAUCAGGUCCAUCUCUCUCAAUGCCUGAUGUUGACUUCAACUUAAGAGGACCGAAACUAAAGGGUGAUAUGGACAUCUCUGCUCCAAAGUUUGAGGGUGAUCUCAAGACACCAAAAGUCAACAUUGAGGGCCCAGAUGUUGACAUUGAGGGACCUGAAGGAGGAUUUAAGAUGCCAAAGAUGAAAAUGCCUUCAUUUGGGUUCAAGGGUCCCAAAAUGGAAGGACCUGACAUUGAUGUGAAAAUGCCAAAAGCUGAUUUUGAUCUUAAAGGACCGAAAGUUGAUGUUGAAUGUCCAGAUCUUGACAUUGAGGGUCCAGACGGAAAGAUCAAGGGGCCUAAAUUCAAAAUGCCAUCCAUUUCUGGGCCAAAGAUAUCCAUGCCAAAUGUAGACUUCAACCUGAAAGGACCUAAAAUGAAGGGAGAUGUGGAUAUGUCACUACCAAAAAUGGAGGGUGAAAUCAAAGCUCCAAGGAUUGACAUUGAAGGCCCAGAUCUUGAUAUUGAGGGACCUGAAGGAGGAUUUAAGAUGCCAAAGAUGAAAAUGCCGUCAUUUGGGUUCAAGGGGCCCAAAGUGGAGGGACCUGAUGUUGAUGUAACUCUCCCUAAAGCAGACAUUGAUAUAAAAGCACCAGAGAUUGAUAUUGAAGGCCCAGAAGGAAAGAUCAAGGGGCCUAAAUUCAAAAUGCCAACAAUAUCAGGUCCAUCUCUCUCAAUGCCUGAUGUUGACUUCAACUUAAGAGGACCGAAACUAAAGGGUGAUAUGGACAUCUCUGUUCCAAAGUUUGAGGGUGAUCUCAAGACACCAAAAGUCAACAUUGAGGGCCCAGAUGUUGACAUUGAGGGACCUGAAGGAGGAUUUAAGAUGCCAAAGAUGAAAAUGCCUUCAUUUGGAUUCAAGGGUCCCAAAAUGGAAGGACCUGACAUUGAUGUGAAAAUGCCAAAAGCUGAUAUUGAUCUCAAAGGACCGAAAGUUGACAUUGAAAGUCCAGAUUUUGAAGUUGAGGGUCCAGACGGAAAGAUCAAGGGGCCAAAAUUCAAAAUGCCAUCCAUUUCUGGCCCUAAGGUCUCAAUGCCUGAUGUUGACUUCAAUCUGAAAGGACCCAAAGUGAAGGGAGAUGUGGAUGUAUCUGUGCCAAAUGUCAAAGGUGACUUCAAAGCUCCAAAGGUUGACAUUGAAGGCCCAGAUUUUGACAUUGAGGGAUCUGAGGGAGGAUUUAAGAUGCCAAAGAUGAAAAUGCCUUCAUUUGGAUUCAAGGGCCCUAAAGUAGAUGGAUCUGAUAUAGAUGUUAACCUUCCCACAGCUGCAGUAGACAUUAAAGCUGCUGAUGUUGAUAUAACAGGUCCCCAUCUUGACAUUGAAGGCUCUGAGGGUAGAUUUAAAGGCCCCACAUUUAAAAUGCCAUCCAUUUCUGCACCAAAAAUCUCAAUGCCUGAUGUUGACAUUAACCUUAAAGGGCCAAAAGGAAAAGGACACAUAGAAGGUCCAGAGUUUGAAAAGCCAGAGGUUAAGUUUCCAAGAUACAAGGGCCCCACUUUUGGGAUAAAAUCGCCAAAAGUACAAGGGCCAGAAGUUGACAUUUCAACAAAGACUUACCUUCCUGAUCCUAAUAUUGACAUUGCAGGCCCUGAGGUGAAUGUAGAGGGACCUGAGGCAAAUAUCAAAGUGCCAAAAAUCAAGAAACCCAAAUUCCAUAUGGGUGGAAAAAGCCCCAAAUUAGAUCUUCCUGAUGUUGAUGCCAGUGCUGCCGCUCCCGAUGUAGACAUUGGUCUGAAAGGAAAGAAGGGAAAAUUCAAAUUACCUAAAGUGAAAGGAAAGGGGAAGAGUAGUGAUACUGACUUCAGUCUCAAAACACAUGAUAUUGAAUUAGAAACUGAAUCACCUGACCUGCACAUCAAAGGACCUAAAGUAAAGAAGCCAUUGUUUGGAAAACUGCAUUUUCCAGAUGUUGAACUUGACAUUAAGUCUCCCAAGGUGAAAGGGGAUGCCUCUGGAGCCUUGAAAUCUUCUGACAUUGAUUUACCAUCAGGAAGCCUCAAAACAGAAGUGCAUAUGGAACAACCUGGGCUCAAUAUGGACAGUCCUGAUGUAAAAAAGAAAUCAAAAAUUAAAAUGCCCAGAUUUCACAUUUCAGGGCCAAAGCUCAAAAAAGGUGAUAUUGAUGUCAGUAGCUCCAGUCUAGAAACAUCAGAUAUGAAUGUCAGCUUGAAUACCCCUGAAAUGAAAGGAAAACAUGGACUAGAUAUCAGCAUUGAUAGCCCUGAAGCAUCUUUGAAAGGAAAAGGAUUCCAAGUGUCUGGUUUUAAUGUUAAAGCACCAGAAAUGUCUGCCUCAGAUAUUAGUCUAAAGGGUUCAGAAAUGAAGGGAGGGUUUGGAGAGGGUAAGGGCAUCAAAUAUGAUGUAAAAGGUGGAGCAGGUAUGGGCAUAGUGGGACCAGACAGUGGUGUAUCUGGUGAGAUGGAGUAUCCAGAGGGUCAUGUUGCAUUUCCAAAGAUAAAAGUUCCAAAGUUUGGUGUUGCAUUACCCAGAUUGGAAGGGCCUGAAUGGGGAGUGGAUGUUGGGACUAGUGAAGGUGCAGGACAGGUUGAAAUGGCAGCUCCACAUGGGAGUGGUCAUUUAGGGGCUGAUCUACAUGGCUCAGAACUGAAAUCAGGUGGGAAAGUAAAGGUCAAGAUGCCAAGAUUCUUUGGAAAGUCAAAGACUAAGGGUGGAAGUGCUGCUGACCUUACAUUAAACAGUCCAGAUGUUGAACUUUCAAAAAGGGGAGGGGGUGUCAAAGUGUCCAAAGACCUUAGCUUGAGUUCUGGAGAGUUACAAAGUGGCAAAGUGGCAGUAGGUGUUUCACCCAAGAGCAAAUCUGCAUCUCUUGAUCUAUUAAAAAAAUCACGACAUCGCUCCUCCUCUUUUAGUGAUGAAGGGGAGCUUGCCUCUCCCUCCUCUGCUUCAGGUCACCUAGAGGCAGGCAGUGGCGAUAUAUCUCUGGAUAUUGGUGGGGCUAAGGUCAAAGGGAAAAAGGGAAAGUUGAAAUUUGGCACCUUUGGUGGUUUUGGAUCUAAAUCCAAGGGUUCGUAUGAGGUGUCACUAGGAGAGCAGGGGGAAGGAAAGUUAGAAGGAGGUAGUGAUGUGGCACUUUCAGCUAAAAAGUCAAGAAUGUCUUCCUCAUCCAGUAGUGAUAGUGGCUCAAAGAGUGGGUUUCAUUUUCCAAGAUUGGAGCUUGCUGUGUCACCUAAGAAAUAAGAAGUGGUGAUACAACAAAGCCCUGAUGUACUACACAUAUGCUUACUUUUCCACGCAUAACUAAUCUUCAAGCAUUUGAAAUGAAAUAGACAGCAUAAUCACGCCAUUCACUUUGACUCCUCACUGCACAGUCACAUUAUUAAUAAUCAAUGUAUGUGAGUUCUAUUCAUGCGCUCUCUUUAUCCCAGACCAACAAUUUAGUAUCCUUUUGGGGUACAUACCAUAUUUUUGCUAUUACACUGUAAAUAAGAAAAACUGUAUUGUAAUUAUUUUUUUCUUUUGUACAUAGUUAAAUUUUAUUGAGACUACACCAUCUCACACAAAUCAAUCAGUGCCUUUGAUAAUCCAAAGAAGCAUAUUUGCAUUUUGUUUUGAUGAAUUUUGCUUAGAUUAAUUUUUUUUACCUGUAAUGUUUUAAGACACACAAAUACUGGGAGUAUCUCACAACAUAUUGCAAUCACUGUAUUAAUGAUAAGAAUGUCUGUUUGCAUAUACACUUAGAGCAAUAGCGAUCUUUAUAUUUGAAAAUACACAAUUGUUUUGUUUUGCAGCGUCAAAUAUAAUCAGUCCUGUUUUCACAGUUACUCACUAAAAUGAUUUGAAAGGCAAUCUAUUUGCAAGAAAAAAAUGAGAUUUUAACAAAUGUCUAACCUUUGUACAAACUGUAAAUAAACUGUUGCUGUUUCAUCCUAAUCUUAAACAUGGAUUAGAGACUGACUAAAUUGGAAUUACAAUCUACAAAACCGAAGGUAUAAUAUUCCCAUUACAGUUUCACAUGGGUUACAUAUUGACAUUAUCCAAAUUAUUUAUAUUUAGUCAAAUUUGUUCAAGAUAUCCUAAAUGAGUAAAAUGGUGUUUUUCUAUAAACAAAGCUACUGCUUUUGAAAGUGAACACAAUAGUUUAUCCGUUUCCCAUCACACAUGGCCUUAAGUUGAGAUGAUUCUCUCUCUCUCUCUCACUCUCUCUCUCACACAUGGUAAUGUUUGGUGGAAAAACUAAGGGUGACUGUUUCACUUUAAUCACUAAUAAAAUGUUGUUGAUUCUCAGCUGCAGAUCCUAAAUUGUAUUUUUCUAUGUUUUUUUCCUGUUAAAAAACAAACCAAAUAAACUGUUCAAGUACCUA